AUGUUGAUGAUUUGCGUAUCUGGUGUGACAGAUCCUAUUUCUGACACUGCAGAGGGGUUUCCCAAAGCUAAACUCGAGCAGGCGGUUAAGUGGCUCGGAGUCACUGUCGAUUGCAAGUUGGGGGAGAUGCUAGGAUAUGAUGUGCCGCGAAGCUAUGGGAUGUGGGAAGGGGACGUUUUGAUGCGUUAGGGAGAACCAUGAUUGGAACCGAAGGGAAAUGACUCAAGGGAUCAGCAAAAGG